AUUUGUAACUUUUACUCGGUGUAUUGGUAAAAGCACAUACCUUGGGAUUAGCUUUCUGCGCUCAGAGUGCUAGUGAUGGCAGGGGCGCUUUUUUUCGGCACAACACCGGUUUCACCGCCUAAUUUUAAAUGGCUUAUGUAGCUGAAUAUGUUCUAAAACACCGCUUAUGUCCCUCUGUAUUCUAAACAAAACAACUCUUCUGUAACAGUGGCCUAAAUUGUACUGAUGUUAUUCCAGUUAGCUCUGUGCAGUGUAGGAAACCGAGCCGGCUCCGCUGGAAUGUUCUGUGCAGCCAUUUCCGGUCGGCCAUGUCAGAAUAUCACAGUUAGCUAACGCAACACUAACCGGCUAGUUAGGAAAAUAUGGACAACAACGACACGGUGGACGUUUUUUUACGCGUCAUUGUCGACCGGUACUGUGGUGUUAUCGUUGUCCGCUACUAGCUAGGCGAUAUUAGCAGACAUUAGCCAUUUGACAGGCCCUUUUGAAUGUUGUCUGGAGAAGCCACGCAGCUGAUCAGGCUCUGUCAGCAUUAAGCGAACGCAAUAAAAAAUUAAACGUUGGCGACGAGGAAGGAGAGAGGAAUCUACGUCUGUCUGAUCCUGUUGGUAUGUCGCUUCCUUCCCACGGCAAUGGUAACAAACAUGCGCACAACGCCAGUCUAAAGCAAAAAGGGGCGCAGAAGCUCUACACGCCUGCUCCAAAAGCGAGCAGCAAAUUUCUGGACCGUAAGAAGAAUAUGGACUUUAAAAAUGACAAGGAAAAGACUCUGGAUUUGACUCACGAUGACCUCCAGAGCUUGGAUAAGAAAGACUCUGUUUUGCUUCACAACGGUGUCGUAAAUUGUGGCUUCAUUACAAAUGGCUAUUCUAGCAGGGACAAUGAUGGCAGCGGAUCCGAAGGCGGGUACACCACUCCGAAGAAACGCAAGACCAGGUGUAACAAUGCCAAGAACACUGAUAAUGUGACAAAAGAAAAAGAGAGAGACAUGCAGCCCCGCAACACUACACAGGAGCUGGGGGCUUUGAAUCCUGAGGCGACUGAGAAAGGCAGAUCUACCCAGUCUGCUGCCAAACGAGCUGUCGUUCCCGAGACUACAGUGGGGGAAUCUCAAAGGAAAAACUCCGAUGGCAAAACAGCUGGCACCUUUGGUAAGAAAACAGAGGAACGGCACAAAGGCAAACUCUCCUCUCCUUCAAAGGAGGACCCGUGGACUUUGUUCAAGCCCCCUCCCGUAUUUCCUGUGGACAAUAGCAGUGCUAAAAUCGUUCCUAAGAUCAGUUAUGCAAGUAAAGUAAAAGAGAACCUCAAUAAAGUAGCUCAAAGUGGAGAAGUGGUUCCUCCUCCCAUGAGACUGUCUCAAGUCCCGAUGUCUGCUAUGAAAACUAUCACCUCAGCUAGCUUUACUAAUGGUCCUGUUUCUGGAAAUGGAAACGGCUGCCCGUCUGCUGGCACCUUCUUCGUUCCUGCUGCUAGUUGUAUUCAAUCAGCCCUGUCUGUCCCAAGUGGCGAGAAUGUAGCAUCUUCUCUGGAAAGUAACUGUAGCUCAACAAGUCCUGUAGAUGGAGACGCUAACGAGCUUAAAAAGUGUACUCUGUUAAUCUACCCUUUAAAUAUGCAACCUGUGCUCCCUAGUGCUCGUCACCUCGACCCACCGGCUGCUAAGACAAAUCAGAAAGCCCUGGGAGACAUCUUCCAGAAUCAGUGGGGGCUCUCUUUCAUCAACGAGCCCAACCUGGGGCUGGAGGGAGGAAACGGGCAUCCUCCUGCUGAGGACCAGACUUCUGGGACUUCUCCAAGUGAGAGUCAGACUGUUGAAGACAAGGUGGUCCUGCCGUGUUUUGAUGUUAGCCCAAUAUUUGUAGAGCCUGGAACUUUGUUCAAAGACUCUGAGAGAAGGACUUGUGCCCCUUGCCAAGCGUCAAACGCUCGUUCUCCUGCUUUUGAGGAGGAGACAAAGUUCCCGCCAUGUGGCCAGGACAAAACGAAGUUUGAGAUCAAAGGUUCUUCUGUCUCGGCUCUUUGUAAAGACAAUGGUGCUAAGCCUGUUCAGGGCCAGCAGACCACUGUGCUGUUUGGCUCUUCUAAAGAAGUGGUCCACCCGAACGACGCUAGCAGGAGGUGUAGCUGGGGGCCCUCUGACAUUAAAGCUGCUGUCGCCUAUCACACUAAAGAAAUGGAAUCCAUUUUUAACGUGCAAAAACAAGAUCCAAAAAGAGUAGUGGUUUAUGAUGAGACCAAGGAUGGACCUGAUCAGUGAGGUAGAUCUACAGUUUUCUACCUGGGCCGACGAAAACAACAAAAAAAGUAAAAAUCAUGUUUGAUGUGGCGACAACUGUGAAAACACUGACAGCUAAGCAUGAUUUCCUUUUUGAAUCUCGGGCGUACUCAAACUUUAAUUUUUUGGUGGGCAUCAAACCAACGGACACUCUGGAUGGACGCUAAAGACGAGUCGAUCGGUGCCUCUCCACUCUGACAAAUGGACAAAUGCAACUUCCUAGCUGUGGUGGUCCUUGUCUCAUGGCUUUUAAUGGGACAGUUUUCUGGGUUUGACAAAGGAAGGUGUCCUUGACCGCACCUCCGUAAGCCUUUAUCCCGUUGAACUGUGGCGGCCAUUGUGGCCCAGCUGCGGGACGCCUCGGUCAUGUUCGUUCUUCAUGCAUUCAGAUGAGUUCACUGUAGAUAUGUUAGUCGUUCCACCUCCGUGUGCAAGCUUGAAUUCAUGGUGAAGGAAAGAUCUGUAAAAAAAAAAAAAAAAAAACAGCCUUUAUGUUGUGGAAUAAAGGUGUCGGGAGUUCCGCUGAGACGGAAGCCUGUGAGGCUCCAUGCAGGAAAAAGGAGAACUUUGUCUUAAAAAUCCUUUACAGGAGAAACUACGCAGAGCCCAGAAGUUUUAUAUGUAUUACUGCUCCUUUUUAUGCUGUUUUCAACGGAACUAACCCGAAUAUAAUUUGCUGUAUGACCCGCCACCCCCACCCCACCCAGCUCAGAUAGUGAUGGGUUUAAAGUAAAGCUCCGCCCCUUUAACAUCAGGUGUGCUUAUGACACCACCAGGUCUCUGUUAAAUUCAGAAGUUUUGAAACAUUUCACACAGACGGUCGUCGGAUAUUCACAGGCUGUUGUCAAAUUCCGGUUCUGGGUUUCGGAACGGCCCGGGACAAGAACCACUCACUUCUGAGCUGUUCUCCAUUCUCUGCUUCUAAUUCAGCUGCAACGCUCAGGAUCUCUCAACACUUCAUCUGGUCCGCAUUCGUUUUCAGCUCUUGUUUAUGGAAACCGUUUUUGUUUACAGGUGUAAAUGAGUCACUGUUCAUCACGACAGUAACACAACUAUUGCAAUAUGAACCUCGGGUCCCCAGCUCGCCACUUUGUGUUGAAAUGUGAAGACGGGUGGUGUCAAACCUUUUGCUGUGGAUUAACCUGUUAGUGUGCAAUAACAUCAUAAAUGUGUUAUGCGGAGCUACAAAACGUCCUGAGAUGCUCGUGUAGCCUGCAGUUUAGUUUAGGUUAUUAUUUUUAGUGCAUCCUCACUUUGUUGCACAGUUUCCUCGCUCCUUCCUCUUCUAUUUGUCUCCAGGUCUCGUUAAAUCUAGGGAAUAACUUGGAGAUCCCAAAUUAUCCCAACUGCCUCCCGGUUGGCGGCAACAUUGUUUUAAUCCUUAAGAGCGGAUACGUAUUUUUCAGCCUCUCCAAGAAACGGUCCUGAAUUCUGUUCUGAUCUGGCUAACGUGUGGAUUACUGGCACUUUAUGUAAACAGAUGACCUUUAUCUUAAAUGCUAUAGAAAUCUAUGAAAGAAUGGCUCUGCGCUGUUACUUAAAACAUAAAAACGUUGCUAAACACAGAAUUACUAAACGAAACUCAGGUAGUGUCGAUAAGCCAUGGAUAUACUGAUUAUUGUGUUUUGCCAAACGGCCCCUGUCCUGUAACGGUCUCUUGUUGGAAACACGGAGUCGGAGACGCACGACGUUCGGAAAACGCACCAAAAAGAAUCUUUGGAUGAAAGUUUUUUUUUUUUGGCCUAAAUAGUUUUCUUUUCUUUGAGAAAGCACAACAUGUUUUCUGUAUCUUUAACCGUGUUCUCGCCAUCUUUGCUGGUUUCUUUUCGUGUGUGUGUGUGUGUGUGUGUGUGUGUGUGUGUGUGUGUGUGUGUGUGUGUGUGUGUGUGUGUGUGUGUGUGUGUGUGUGUUGGUUUUUCUUUCAGAGGGCUAACUUGGUUCUAUCCCAGUUCGUACCCGCCUGUUCACAAAAGGUUGGAAGUGCAACAGCUUUUAUUGAAGUUUUUAUAAAGGCUGUCAUGAUGCUCUAGUUGUUAAAAAGCCUGUGUGUGUGUGUGUGUGUGUGUGUGUGUGUGUGUGUGUGUCACUAGAAUCUGCUGUUCUGAUGAAGGAUGUUAUUAAGUAGCAUUCUCUCCUUUUUGCCACAGUUUAGUCUGAUUAUGUGAAAACAAAAACUUGAUCCAGUUAAAUAGAAGUAAGUCUGGUUGUUAACAGGGUUAAACUGUAGUCUUAAUAUUUACUUUAUUAGCCACCCCCCAUUUUUAAAGCACUUAUUGUACACAGCAGCAAUGAAGAUCCAUUUGUUCAGAUUUCAUAUUACGGCUGCAAACCAAAGUGUGUGUGUGUGUGUGUCUGUGUCAAAAUCAGUUUAUUUCCACUCUCCCUCUCACCAGGAUGUGCAAUCACCUGAAGGAUGCUGAUGCUGGCUUCCAGGUUGGGAGCGAUGGAGUGUGUGUGUGUGUUCGUUCUUCCUCUUAUAUGCAAGUUCCUCCCUUCUUUAGAAGCUCUCCCCUCCCUCCUUGUUUCAUGUUCAGGUGCCUGUGUGAGGCGGAGGGGGAGAACAAACUAACUUUAACGAUACUUGUGAUUGUUCAAAAACCUGCUUCCAGCAUAUAUCCGUGCCAUUUGAUAUUCCUUUGCUUCAGUUUUCUAACAGCUGAUCCCAAUCUUCUUUUCUUGGAACAACGGUGAGAAGCCGCACGCGUUGGCGUAUUUUUAUAAAACUUUCUGGGUGUGUUUUUAUUUUUAUUUUUUCUGUUUUGUGGCUCGCAUUCAGAAUCGCGACCUGAAGCCAAAAUCACGCUGAAAUGGGGGGAGCGGACGGCUGUGUGUGUGCUGGUGUAUACUCAUACCAGACCUUAUCAAAAUAACGUCUCUUGUAGCAAAUAAUGAUUUAAUUUGGACUCAUUUAUCGCGUUAAUGUUAACACAUUUUAAAGGUGUUUUAUUUUAAUUUCUUGACUUAUAGCCUAAUUUAUCCAUAGCUGCACAGGUAGACUAAACCAAUAAGUGAUGCAGAAAGUCCAGAUGUUUUAUAUUAGAUGUUUUAGUUGAUUGAGGCUGAUGUUAAACCCCUCCCUGUGGGUUUUAUUUGACCUUAUUGGCACCGAUCUUUAAUAUAUUUGAACAUUUCUUGCAGAUUUUACACAGAAUUGUUGUAAUUCUUCACUUUAAUUGUGACGAGCGUUAAAAUCCACUGCAUCUAGAGUUCCUAAUAUAUUUUAUUUGUGGUGUCGAUCGUCUUCUGAGGGCAACUGAGGUUUUACCGCGCAGGUGCUUUCGCCAAAGGUACACUAAUCAGACGUUCGGCUAUGGAACGGCGUGAUGUCAUCGAUGGUUACGCGACAUGCUGCUGGGUGAGGGGGAGACUCUAAUGUAGCAGCUGAAUGUCUCGUUUAACUGUGUGAGCCACGAGAGCUCCUAAAACGAUUUAAUCUAAAAAGGUGAAUACCGAAGUGCUGCUUCUUCAUCCGGUUAUCGGUCACCCGUAACGGGGAAAUGCUGGACGCCGUGUUCACGUAAAAACUCUCCCUCUUUUACACUAAAGGGGUUUUUUGUGUUUUCAGGACUUAAUCAGAAGACAUGAUGCAGGCAGGUUGUGGUGAAUUACAUUUUAAUUUCCUCUCAAAUGAUGUUUGAGCUUCUUAUGCUUUUUAAUUUCUUUGCCCGUCUUGUAUUACUUUUCCAUCGGCUUUGGCUCGGAGCGACGAGGCCGUCGAACUUCUGUCUCAGAUGUCUUACAAGUUGGCAUUUCUGUUUUUCAGUGAGCCUGAUUUAUUUAAAAAGUUCUUUUGUCGAAUUUAACAAAUUGUCACAUUACAAUGUUUUUUUAAGCAUGAUGAUAAAACCCCUCAAAUUCUGAAAAAUGUAAUAGUCAAUAAAAAAAAGCAACUCCCAUGUUCACUGUUUUAGUUUUCAUUAAACUGUCGAGCUUUCUGGAAGAA